AUGGCCAGCGCCGGCGACAGACCCUAUGAUCCGUACAUCCCAACCGACCAAGCACCGGGCGGAGGUAACUCUGCUCCGGGCAACCAGAGAACCGCUGCGCUGCAAGCUCAAAUCGAUGACACAGUUGGUGUGAUGCGCGAGAACAUCAACAAAGUCUCUCAACGUGGCGAACGUCUCGACUCUCUCCAAGACAAGACCGACAACCUCGCCGUAUCCGCACAAGGCUUCCGUCGCGGCGCAAACAGAGUUCGCAAGCAGAUGUGGUGGAAGGACAUGAAGAUGAGAAUGUGUCUCAUUGUCGGAAUAAUCAUCUUGCUUAUUGUUAUUAUUGUACCAGCUGUUGUGGCCACCAGAUAG